UUUUUUUUUUUUUUUUUUUUUCUGUUCAGAUGGUUUGUUUAGAGUUUUUAAUUUUAUAACUUAUGAGGAAUGUUUGAUUUGUAUUUGAAUUUUGAACAAACACAAGCACUACAUUGUUAGACACAACACAACACAACACAACAUUACUUUCGUUUUACAUGUUUGUUGCAUUGUUAUGGUUACAUUAUUUGAUGUCAAAAUUUUGAGGGAAUCUAAAAGCCUCAAUCUCAAAGAUAAACUCUCUAGUUUGAUUCAACAAUGCAAGAACCUUAGACAAAUCAAAAUUAUUCAUACCAAAAUCCUAAAGUCUCCAAAUUUAUAUACCAAUGACCAAUAUUAUCUUAUUACCCGUUUACUUUUCUUUUCUUCUUUCUCGAAUUAUAGUUCUUUCACCUAUGCCAACAAUGUCUUUUACAUGAUCAAUAACCCCGAUCUUCGCGCGUAUAAUAUUAUGAUCAGAGCAUAUGGAUCCUUAGAAGGAGGUGAUGAUACACAUUAUUUUAAGGCUUUGGUGUUGUAUAAGCAAAUGCUUAACAAUGGAAUUGCGCCGAAUAGCCUCACUUUCCCUUUCCUUGUAAAGGGUUGCAAUAGGUGGCAAUGUGGUGGUGCUACUACUGGCCAAGUUAUUCAUGGCCAAGUGUUAAAGUUUGGAUUUUUGAAUGAUGUUUUUGUUGGGAAUUCUUUGAUUAGUUUGUUUAUGAAUUUCGGGUUGUUGAAUAAUGCACGGAAGUUGUUUGAUGAAAUGUUUCAUAGAGAUAUUGUCAGUUGGAACUCGAUGGUUGUUGGAUAUUUGAGAAACGGAGCAGUUGACAUGGCAUUGGAUUUGUUUAGAAAGAUGAGUAGAAGAAAUAUUAUAACUUGGAAUUCGAUUAUUACAGGGUUGGUUCAAGCCGGCCAUGCGAAGGAGUCACUGGAACUUUUCCAUGAAAUGCAGUUUUUGAGUGGCGAUGAUGUUGUUAAACCGGAUAAGAUUACAAUAGCUAGUGUCCUUUCAGCUUGUUCUCAACUAGGUUCUAUAGACCAUGGGAGAUGGGUGCAUGCAUAUUUAAGAAAAAACAAUAUAGAAUGUGAUGUGGUAAUUGGAACAGCACUUGUCAAUAUGUACGGCAAAUGUGGGAAUGUGCUGCAAGCUCUUGAGAUCUUCAACGACAUGCCUGAGAAGGAUGCCUCGGCUUGGACAGCAAUGAUAUCGGUGUUUGCUCUUCACGGAUUAGGAAAGAAAGCCUUUGAUUGCUUUUUAGAGAUGGAAAGAGCUGGAGUAAAGCCUAAUCAUGUAACAUUUGUUGGACUAUUGUCGGCUUGUUCUCAUUCCGGUUUGGUUGAGCAAGGUAGGUGGUGUUUUGAUGUAAUGAAACAUGAUUACCUGAUUGAACCACAAAUUUAUCACUAUGCUUGCAUGGUUGAUAUUCUUAGUCGAGCUAGGCUCUUCGAUGAAUCAAUGAUUCUCAUAAGAAGCAUGCCAAUGAAGCCAGAUGUUUAUGUAUGGGGUGCAUUACUUGGUGGUUGUCAGAUGCAUGGAAAUAUAGAGUUAGGAGAAAAGGUAGCUCAUCAUUUGAUAGAUUUGGAGCCUCAUAAUCAUGCUUUCUAUAUGAAUUUAUGUGAUAUAUAUGCCAAAGCUGGUAAGUUCGAUGCGGCCAAAAGAAUUAGGAAUUUAAUGAAAGAAAGAGGAAUUGAAACAAAGGUCCCGGGCUGCAGCAUGAUUGAAAUCAAUGGAGUGGUUCAAGAAUUUUCGGUUGGAGGGUCUUCUGAACUUCCCAUGAAAGAACUUGUAUUGGUUUUAGACAGAUUAAGCAACGAGAUGAAGAUAUGAAAUCAGUGACUUACCAUGGGAAGGGAACUUGUGAAGCAGAAUUUCAUUAUUAUACAGCACAUGGAGUUAGUAUAGAAAUUGGUACAUUGAACUUGAUUAUUUGAGCCCUCAAGUUGUCCUCUCAAUGUCACUAUAUAUGCUGCUUUGUUAUGUGUUAUUUUCUUAUGAGAUCUUUAGUAUACUUGUAGUUGUAGGGGACAUGCAAGAAAAAUUCUUGUUGAAUGUAGAUUAUAUUCAUUGGAUUCAAACUGAAAAAUUUGACGGCUCUAGUUAAAAGUCUCAUAUUGGAUGAAAGAAGACCUAAAGAUAUAAGUGGCGACAAUCUUCACAUUACAUGUCAGUUUUAUUGAAUUGCGUUAGACUCGACCCAAAUUCUAAGAUUAUAUUGGUACUUCUUGAAAAUCUGUUGGACCACCUACUAUUAAUAAUGUAAGAGUCUUUUUAUAAAAUGACUUUGUUGGACUGAUAGGUGUAAUUCUUAAAAAACAAAAGUACAAUACUACGUGUUGACUUUAGAGAACCUCUAUUUUGGAUUAUAGCAAGGUGUCAAGUAUACAAGAAUGAGUGUAAUAAUCUUUAUUAUUCAGUCAAAGAUUGAAUUAUAGAAACUCAUAAUUUUUCUGCAGUAGUAUAACUUUCUCUCCUAUGACAAAAUAUAUUCUAAAUUCAAUCUAUGAAAGCCUUU